UCUCGGUGGGACCUUUGUGUUUUUUUUUACUGUUACAGGUCAAAAUUAAACACCUUUUGCUAAAAGAUUACGUAAUGUUUUCAGCUCAUUUUGUAACAAAAAAUUUGUUAAAUACGUUGUUUAGAAUUGUGAUAAAUAAAUUGUUGAAAAUUUAUAAAUUGAAGUGAUGUGGUCGUGAGAUGGCAGCAUUACUGAUAUAUAUAUAGUAUAACAAAGUGGUUAAGACAAAAUUUAAAAAUAAUUUUUUUAUAUAUGGAUAUAUAUUAAAUAAAAUAUGGAAGAUUCGUCAAAGAAUGCGGCCGAUAGUUUACAAAAUAAUCCUAUUAUUUUUAUGGAUAUAGCAAUUGAAUCAGAAAAAGUUGGAAGAGUUGUGAUAGAACUUUUUAAAGAUGUUGUACCUCGAACAUCAGAGAAUUUUCGUGCAUUAUGUACUGGAGAAAAAGGCAUUGGAAUCAAUGGUAAAAAGUUACAUUACAAAGGAUCAAUAUUCCAUAAAGUGUUACCACAGUUUAUGAUCCAAGGUGGAGAUAUAAUAAAUUUUGAUGGAACAAGUGGAGAAAGUAUAUACGGUGCUCAGUUUGAGGAUGAAAAUUUUAAACUUUGUCACUCUUCAGGAGGACUCCUUAGCAUGGUUAAUGAAGGUUAUCCAAACAGCAACAGUUCUCAGUUCAUUAUUACCAUUUCAGCUAGCACUCAUUUAGACGGAACCAAUGUAGUAUUUGGAAAAGUUUUGAAAGGAAUGGGUGUAAUAUUAGAGAUUUCUCAAGUUGAAACAAUGAAAGAUGCACCAGUUCGGAAAGUACAUAUAAUGGAUUGUGGUGAAUUAAAACAAGGUCAGGACUGGGGACUAAAUGAGAGUGAUGGAACAGAAGAUAUUUUUACUCCAUGGCCUGAAGAUUGGAAUUAUUAUGCAGAUAUUAAAGGACUUGAUUACAAGUAUAUGAUACAGGUUAUUAUGAAGAUAAAAGAUUCGGGAAAUCAUUAUUUUUUACAAAAACAUUAUGUAGAUGCAGGCAGGAAAUAUAAGAAAGCAUUACGCUACUACAAGUGGAUGAUGAGGACUGUAGAUGUGCCAGAUCCUUCUGAUCAACUAAUAGUGAAUGUUAAAGUGACACUACUGCUUAAUCUUGCUGCUGUUAAAUUGAAAGAAAAAAACCAUCGUGAUGUUCUAAAAUUAUGUACAGAGGUCUUACAGAUAAAUAAGAACAACAGUAAAGCAUUAUUUCGUAGAAGUCAAGCAUAUAUGGGUUUAAAUGAAUAUGAUUUAGGCUUAGCAGAUUUAAAACAAGCAUUGUUGGAAUCUCCUAAUAACAAGGAUAUUUUACAAGAAAUGGACAAGGUAAAGAAUGUAAUGAAAAAAUAUUUAGCUAUUGAAAGAGCUUCUUGUCAAAGAAUGUUUAAGUAAAAACAAAUAAUUUUAUAAUAAAGUUUGUAAAUACAAUGAAAUUUUAUAUACAUAUUUUUUUAAUUAAAAUUAAUAUAAAUUAAAAUCAUUUUUACAUAAAAUAGCGAUUAUAUUUAAUAAAUACUGUAAGUUAUUUACAUACUAUAAUGUAUUGCAUACUUUUGUAAAUAUCAUUUGGUAAGAUUUCUAAAACUGUUUAAAAAUCGUUUCUUACACGGAAAAAAAGAGCAUGAAAUUUAAACACAUAAAUAAAUCAUAUUUUUAUUCAUAUUUAUUUUAAUAGCAUUCGUUUUAUUUAAGCAUAUUUAUAUUUUCUUGAUAAUAAUUUCCAUGUAAGAUGCAUAAAAUUAAAUAAAAACGUAGCAUAUAACAUUGGAAUUGUGUGCCGAAAAUACUAUUCUUAAUUUUAUUAUUUUAAACAUAUGAUCUUAAACAUAUACUUAUUUUAUUAAAAGCUAAAAGGAACAUAUGAAGCAUGCUUGUAUCACAUUAAAUACUCAUUCUAUGUAAUAAAUUUUAUCUGUUUCCAAUUUUUUUUAUAUUUAACUACUUUUUAUCAUAUUUCGAAAUUGUGUUUCCUAAUAUAAAAUAUUAAUGUACUAAGAUAAACAGUACAUAUAGAAGUCAAUCACAUAAAAUUAAAAUAUUAUUAUAAACAACUAUUUACCGUAUCAUUUAUUUAUUGAACACUUAUAUCAAGUUCUUAACAAUUCUGAGCGUCAAAAUAUCUUAUAUAAUAUCGCGAUAAAGAUGUAUCACACAAAAUAAAUAUUACUUUAAUGAGAGCUCACAUAUUCAGAUUCUUUCAUUGCAUUAGUAUUCUAAAAGCAACAAUUUAUAAUGAUGUAAAUACUUUAAAUAAGAAAACUUAAAAGGUAUACACAUAUGCAGAAAAGUCAUUAAAUGCAAUUUUUUGUCAUAAUUGUAUUUAUCUCUUAAUAACAUUGUAUAUUUAUGUAACAAGUUUUAGUUAGUAUCUACAGUAAUUAAUGUAGAAGCAUAAGCAGUGACUAGAUUAAAAAUUCUCAUCAAGAUUAACUAUCUUUGGGUCAAUGCCAGUUUUCACUGAAGUGUACGCUUUUUAAUAAACAUAAAAAUAAAUACAUAAAAUCAAUAAUUAUCUUUAUAAUAUUAUUCAGUACACUUUAAACGAAAAUUAAGAAGGAAUGCAUACACAUACUGAAGGUUUUUUAUAAAUCACUUCAAUUAGAGAAUUUACGAGUAUUAAAACUCGUGGUGUCAAAUGUACAGUUCAUCUGUACAGUAAUAUUUUUCUUACAAUCUUUUAAAGAAGGAGCAAAGCUUUUUACGAUAUACAAUGUUACUAAUACACAUUUUAUACAUCGAUCAAAUUUUCCGAAACCAGAUAUAUGGACGGACAAAUUUCUGAAUUGCUUCAAUAACCACAGUAUAUAGUAAAACAAUGUAAUGACAUGAUUUUUAAAAAAAUGUUAUCUAUACCUGUUUUUCCGUAAUAAAUAAUGUGAGAUGUUUUUGAGUUCUAA